ACAGACAGUUUUAAUUUAUGGUUAUCUACUUCUACGUUUUUUUUCUCAAAACAAGUCAGUUUUAUGCUUAAAGUAGGGCUAGCUAGCAGCCAAACCACUAGCUGGCUACCUGCAGUACUUUGGGUGGCAGUGGGUACCAUAGCAACCGUUAAGGAAACAUCUGUGCUGAUUAGCUAGUGCAGAGUUUAAGCUAACGGUGGUUUGUUAUGCUAGCCUUAAACUUGACGUCGAACACACUUGAAUUACCAGUUUAGCAGUUGUCUAUUAAUGUCACAAACCAUAAGUAUCUCCUUGCGUCAUCGCUUUUAUUGCUUACUGGUAAUGGUGUUUUGAUUUCUAGCAAGCUGUCGAUUAUGACAAACUGUUGUUACGCUGUGGUCUUCAUUUUAGCUAAGUUACCAAACGGUAAUUUUCAUCACAUGCUAACGUUAGCCUCCAAGGCCGUAAACUUAGGUUACCUCAACGCUGCCGUUAUGUAAACAGUUUCUUUCUGUCAAAAUAUUACAUUAAAUGGCUACAGAUAAACUCGAUAUUAGAUUAUCUUAAGUUAAAUUUGGUAUGUUUCUUUUAGGUAGCUGAGCCUUGUCUUAAAUGGAUUCAGCCUGAACUAGUAUGGAUCUUGAUGACUGUAAUGGACGGGCCUACAUAUCAGCUAGUGGAGAUUCUUCAAUGGAAAGAGAGUUUUCUGGGGCCCUCGGAGGUCCAACAGUGAGCACACCAAAUAGUAAGGAGAACUCUCCAAGUCGCUCCAUCAGUGCCAACUCUAUUAAAGUGGAGCUGUACAGUGAUGAAGACCCAGGUCAUGGUACAGAGGAUGAAAGAGGAGAGCGAGUAGAAGAAGGAGAUACAGGACAGGGUUCUGAGUCUAGCGGAGGCUACAGGGAACUUACUAAUCUUGAAACCAUGCCACCUGGAGCCACCAGAUUGCCAAAUGGAAAGCUAAAAUGUGAUAUCUGUGGAAUGAUCUGCAUUGGACCUAAUGUUCUUAUGGUUCACAAACGCAGCCAUACAGGUGAGAGACCAUUUCAGUGCAAUCAGUGUGGUGCCUCAUUCACCCAAAAGGGUAACCUGCUCCGUCACAUCAAGCUGCACUCAGGGGAAAAACCUUUCAAAUGCCCCUUCUGCAACUAUGCCUGUCGACGACGGGAUGCCCUCACAGGCCAUCUUCGCACUCAUGCAGUUUCCUCUCCAACUGUAGGGAAGCCGUAUAAAUGCAGCUACUGUGGACGUAGUUACAAGCAGCAAAAUACCUUGGAGGAGCACCGUGAACGCUGCCACAGCUACUUACAGAGUAUAGAGUCACAACCACCAAACAGUGCACAGAAUUCAGGAGAGGAGAUGAGAGCGCUAGAGUUUAUACCAGACUCUCUUCUACCGCCCUCCUCAGACAAGAUGGUGUUUAUCGAUCGGCUGGCCAACAGCAUCACCAAACGCAAGAGAUCCACACCACAAAAAUUUGUAGGACAGAAGCACCUACGCCUCAAUCUUGCAGAUGCACCUUACGAGUUGACUGCUAGUUUGGAUAAAGAUGGGGACAUGAGUGCAGGGGACCUUGAAGCCCCACACUUUACUGGCCUUGGAGGAGAAUAUGCAGGUGUAGCAGGUAAUGGAGGUGGAGGGGUAUCAGACACAUUACGCCCCCUACACUUUCCCACCACUCACCUUUCAUGUUUAUCAGAACUCAGGCCGACCCACAGUUCCACUCACACUUCAGUUGCUCUAGGUCCAAGGUUGGAUUGCACAGGAACUGGCAUUGGGCGGGGAGAUGUUGUUGUAGGGGGAAGGGAGGCAGCUGAAGGCCAUGAAGACCUUCCAGCUGGUCGAAGUCAUGCACCAUCUCCUAGCAAUGGUUGCCAGGACUCUACGGACACAGAAAGCAUGCCAGAUGAGCCAUGCAACAGCACAGGUCCUAUUCCAACCCUUCACAGUAAUAACGGGCAUCACCUCUUCCGCUCCAACAACCAUAUCCCAAGACCUCCUCCCACUUCGCACCAUAGGAACUGGGACAGACACAGCCCAAGCCAUGCCAAAGACCGAGAGGGGGAAAGAGAAAAUGGAGGACACUCAGCCUUCCCACCUUCUGCCCAUGCUCCAACCCCCAGCUCACCAACAGCACCUUCCUCAACGUCCAGGGAGGCUUUUCGGGUUGUAGAUGGGGAGGGUCGAGCCGUGCGUUCUUUUCGUUGUGAGCACUGCCGGGUGCUUUUCUUGGAUCAUGUCAUGUUUACCAUCCACAUGGGCUGUCAUGGUUUUCGCCAGCCUUUUGAGUGUAACAUCUGUGGCCAUCGCUGCCAGGACCGCUAUGAAUUUUCUUCACAUAUCGUCCGUGGAGAGCACAUUGUUGAUUGAGGACAAAAACUGGACAACCUGCUUCACCUAAAGAUGAUUUUACAUUGAGACAAGGAACUGGCUGGGUUUGGUCUGCACUUGGGCUAAAGGGAGCCAACUGAUGGCAUUAAGCUGAUUGUGAAUAUUUAAAGAGGCACAGGCACACUUGGCAAGAAAACUCUUUGAAAAGUACAUUUCUACAUUUUUAAAAUUUCAAAAGUGUCCCUAAUUAUUUUGAGUAGUGCUUCAACAACAAAUAUAUUUAAAAUAAACCUUUAAUUAAAGUUGUUUGAGAGUAUAUAUAGAGCCAGUGCACUUUUUCAUCCACAGAUGUGCCUUGCUCUGCAAUUCAGGAUUCACACUCGAUGCACAAAUUAUGGUAGAUUUGUCCAUUACUUUCAAAUAUGCUUUUGUGCACUUUAGCAAAGAUGGUGUCAAAAGCCAAGUUCAGAAGCUGGUGUGCAGUGGAGUCUGUACAGAUUGUUAAUAAAAACAUUCUGAAAAGAAAAUACAAACUAGUUUUGUUCUUUAACUUUGAAUUGCAGGACAGCCAUUGCUUCAUAAAAGUACAGACCAAACUCAGACCAGGUCGAAAUGAGUUAAACGUAAGUGUUUUGUGGGGGCUGUCCUUGAAUUAUAAUUGCACUUUGGUUUUUACAGGGGGUGAUAUGAAAAGAUCUACGUGUGUGUGUUAGUGUUUGUGUGUGUGAGAGAAGCUGAUAGAUCCUGAGUUUUGUGAAAGUGACAAAUGAAGGCCUUUAUUUGUGUCAUGUGGGAUGGUGUAUGCAUUGUUCCUUUUCUUUUCUAUGUCUGCUUUUGUUGCACUGAUACCUGCCAGAAUUCUAUUAUUAUAUUAAACUAUUUUAUAGAAAUACACUAAUGAUCUGCACAUUUCUCUCAAAAAUGUGAAAAAAAGGAAAAAAAAAAACUUGUGGAAUGUUCUGCUCAUACAAAAAGGGGUUCAGACAUCACUGCCACAACUUUAAGAGAUUACUGAAGUUUAUGGUCUUUGUAGUUUUCCUUUCAAAACUAAAUUAAACUGCAAAGCAGCACAUAUCUGACAACUCUAUUUAUGGUAUAUUUAAACAUGAUUUUGGUGUAACGUCAUUGUAUUGUGCCUUUCUUUACCUUGUUCACCAGACAGGAGGACAGGUCUUGAAAAAUAUCUGAGUGAUGCUUGAGGUCAUGUGACAAAAUAAUUUAAGCAUUCAAGUUGUUUACCAGACACUCCCUAGCGUGUGGAUGUAGUUUACAGUAGCUGUUAAACAAAAACGUUAGCUUGAUUUCCUUCAUUUUGUUAGUAGACUCAUUUCUUAAGCUUAAUGAAAGGCUAAAUCUGCAUGCAAUUUUAUAUUUGCGGCUAUAACCUGAGUGCAGUGAUGUGUGGCAGUGCACUACCGUCCUCACGAGUAAAAUCCAAAACAUUUAAGAAUAGUAGAUUCUUCCAUCCUUCAAAUCAACUUCUUUGCUUCUGAUCCAUGACUAAUUAUUGUAUCUGGGGAAUCUGUAUAAAAAUUACAUGCAAGAGAAACGUAUCUUCACAGCCCAUCCACCUUUGAUUCUUUUUAUUUAUCAGACAUCGCUUUACUUUUCUAGUUGCUAACAUUUGACUUUACAUGGUUAAAGCACAAGACAUUUACUGUCCAGAAGGCUGUUUGAACCCUUUAUUAGUCAGAAUCACUGACUUGGAUACAAGAAUCAGAACUUGAUUUUUGAUCAACAUGUUUGCAGUUGGCAUUUAUUUCCAUAAUGCACCAGAUAUUAAUAGCAGCAAAGAUAAGUGGCACAAAGAAUGUGGCCCAUUUUGUAUUUUUUUAAUGUAUACAAUCACAAACGAUUAAGUAC